AAGAACAGGUGAAAGACUGUUUAGAUCAAUUAGAUGUAUUCAAGUCAGCAGGGCCUGAUGAAAUUCACUCCAGGGUAUUUCAGGAACUAGCUGAAGCCGUCUUGGAACCAUCAGCGAUUAUCUCUGACAACUCGUGGAGGACGGGUGAGAUCCCAGAGAACUGGAGAAGGGCAAACGUAGUAUCUCUCGUUAAAAGGGGGAACCAAGAGGCCCCGGGGGAUUAUAGACCAGGCAGCCUAACUUCGAUAUCUGGAAAGAUCCUGGAACAAAUGAUUAACCAAUCAGCUUUGAGCACCUGGAGGAUAACAGGGUUCCACGGAAUAGCCAGCAUGGAUUUGUCAAGAACAAAUCAUACCAGACCAGCCGCAUUUCCUUCUGUGACAGUGUUACUGGCCAGCGGCUGUGGAGAAGCAGUAGAUGUGGGGUCAGUGCUCAGGGCCCAGGGCUGGCAGUCGGGGCCCCCGGCCUGCACGCAGCUGCUGGCUCUGCCGCGCCGUCCCCUCCCACCGCCCGGCUCUGAGGGGCAGAGAGAGGGGCACCGCCUGGGCCUGCAGCCGCUGCCUGUGGGAUCAGCCCUGGCGUGGCUCCAUCAGCGACUGCCCGCUCCGAGCUGCUGGGCUGGGUGCGUCCCAGGAGCGGCCUUCCGCUUUUCCAGCAGGACAGCGAGCACGGGCUGCGCUCGGCCCCGAGUUCGGGUCCCUGUCUGUGCUCCAUCGCGGGCGUAUUCAUUCGGGUCACAGAUCAGCGGAAACGGGGAUUUCCUGAGGGGCACCUGGAAACCGCCCUGGCCAGGCCAGUCUCUUCGGGCAGGGUGGGGGCUGUCAGGGCUCACUGGGGCUGCAUCUUCAGCCAGGACAGGGGCUAUUGCGUGCUCCAGUGGGGAGGGGAUUACAAGGCCAGAACAGUCAUUGUCCCAGACCCUGGAGCCCUGAUGUGCAUUAAACCCUAUGUGGCCCGGCCGGCACGGACUGGGGUGAAUAGUGGCUCUGAUUCCCACCCCUGCCCUGUGUCACUGGGUCGGGGAUGCAGCAGUUCGGCUAGUGGAGUUGGCGCCUGAGUGAGGAUUCACCCUCUUCUGCCCAGCUGGAGGCCAACGGGACGGAGACCUCAGGGCCCAGCAGCAGCCAGUGGAAAUCAGGCCGCUCUGAGUCACUUUAAGGAGGUGGUUUUCAAACUGCAGGUCGGGACCCAGUUCUGGGUCGCGGAAUGGAAGGCACUGGGUCGCGGCGGCUCUGGUCAGCACUGCCGACCGGGCUGUUAAAAGUCCGCCUAGGAGCCGGGGCGCAGCGCGGUCUGCGGUGCCGGGACAGGCAGGAAGCCUGCCUUAACAUCCCCGGUGCGUCACUGACCGGGAGCCGCCCGAGGUAAGACUGCACCCGAACCCUGCGCCCCAAUCCACUGCCUCAGCCUGAGCCCCCCCAAACCCAGAGCCCCUCCUGCACCCCAAACCCCUCAUCCCCAGCCCCACCCCAGAGC